UGCACACAUCGUAUACACUGAAAAACACAAUCAAGUACGUGAAGAAACCCGCGCGACAGACAUACAUCAAACUGUAGAUAAUUUAUAACAAUUCCUAUUGUCAAGUAAUCGUAUGCACACGUAUAUACGUAUAUAUUAUUAUGCGUAGUUAUACGCAUUUAUCUGUACAUAUGUGCAUACACACGUAUAUAUGUGUAUAUAUAUAAUUAAUAUAUGUGUAUAUAUAUACAUAUAUCGUUGCAUAUUAUACUGAUAACGAUUAAUAAAAGUAAUGUUAAAAAUUUGAACGCCCUCGAAGUUUCCUUUUUCUUUGUAAAUUUUAACUCAGCCCAGCAUUAAUGACUUUUCAAGAUAAAUAUAAAGAAUUGAAGUAGUUCAACAUCGUAAGGCUAAAUUAUGGUCUUUCUUUAGGAGUACAAAACAAUUUUGAAACUUCAACAUGUAAUACUUAAUUACGUCUACUCUGUUUUACCCUCGCGAUGUUUUUCAUUAGUUACUGGAAAACCUUUGCACGUGGUUGAUCGUGUUUUGAGCAAUAAUGGCUAUAUUCGAUAUAAACAUUUUACUACUAAAAUGUUUGGGUCUUGUCAGAUUAGAAAAGAAGGGUGCUUUGAGAACGUGGCAUUUAAUAUACUUUUCAAUACUUUAUAUAUUUCUUGUUAUAUGUCUAGUUGACUCAUUAAUUCUUUGGUUUCAAUCUAAAAGCCUGACAGAUAUCGUGGGAAUAUUUCCUGUUACUUAUAUUGUACUGAUAUCUUGGAUAAAGACUACAUUAUUUGUUUCCGCAAAUGAUAAAAUUUGCAAGGAUAUUGAAUUUGCAAGAACCACGUUCAAGAAUGAUAAAAAGAUUGCUGACUUUUUUAAAAACUUCGUUACGGUGUGCAGUAUUGUUUAUGUUAUUCCAGCUAUUUGGAGUCUUUGUAAUCCAAAAUUAAAAAUGCACGGAAGAUUGUUGCCUUAUCAUACAACAAUGCCGGCUAAUUAUAGUGAUGACCGGCAAUAUCAUUUAGUUUAUGGUUAUUUGAUAUGUGGUGCAUUUUAUGUUGUAUAUACAGAUCUUGAAAUUGAUAUUCUAAUCAUAUCUUUGGGUAUAUACUGCUGUUAUCAAUUUCGAGCUAUUCGACAAGAUUUAACUUAUACUUUGAACGACUAUCGUUGUAAAAAUCGUUGGGACGAUAGAAAAAAUACGUAUGAUUUGAAAUCGUUCAAGAUCAGGUUUCAUGAACACAUACGUUUUCACCAAGAACUACUAAGAUUUGUUACAAGGAUUGACGAAUAUUUCAAGAUGAUUAUGCUGACGGAAGUAGUUUGUUGUCUCUUACUUUGUGCCGCUACAGUGUUUCAUGCACAAAAAUUUUCCAACAACGCGUAUCUCAUUCAUGCAAUUGCGGUAAUGGCAAAACUUUUCGUAGCGAGUUUUGUUUGCGAGAUGUUAUCCCAUCAGAGCGAACAGGUCGGGAAUAGUAUUUAUUUAGCAAACUGGGUGGAAUAUAGUUCCGAUAUAAGGAAGGACGUUGCCAUAAUAAUAUCUAGGGGACAAAAACCGGUGACAUUCACGUAUCAAUUCGAUCAAAUGGGAUUUAAAAUUUUCUUAUUGAUACUGAAAGCAUCUACUUCCUACUAUAUGCUCCUGCGUCAAACAUUAGGUGAAGAACUGGUUUCAGUUUCGUAG